CCUGUCAAAUUGAAGGGAUUUUUAUUCUAUUUGCAAAGCUUUUGUAUCUGCAGAGGACCUUUCAGUUGUACAACCACAAACUGUACUCAGGUCACAUCCUACGUCUGCAGGUACUGUGAAUAUUGUUAUCUCCAGACUCAUCCGUUCAUCGUGAUCUCCUCUCUGUGUGAGGUCGUUCUUUCUAACUAAAAACAAGCAGGAGAAAUAGAAUCUGCUACUAACCCCAUCUCUGUGGACCCCUGAAAGCCCAUGGCAUUUGUCUAUAAGCUCUAUUGUACACCUGGCCAGAGCAAUUCAAAGCAAAUCAGUUUCACCAAAAGAAGACGUUACAUGGGUCUGCUCUGUCCCAUCAGGACUUUCAGGAUCUGCAACUGACCUCUUGAGGUGUCAGGUGAAUUUCAGUCUUUGAGCUCAGAGUAGAGCUGGACAUCACAUCUCCACCUCCCACAGUAUCACUAAUACAUUGUCUUAUCUCUUACACAGUCUUUCCUUCUUCAAGGAAACUUGGCUUUAGGAAAAAAGAACAGGCAAGUCAGUGUCUCUACAGAUUUUUGAGGUUAUUCAAUAUUGCAGAUGCACACACUGAAUUUUAGCUUCCACAGUCCAGGCUCAACCUAACACAAGUUCAGCACAAUCCCAAAGCUCCUUUUCAAACAACAAUCCCCUUCUGAUUCUGUCAGUCAGUGAAAUCUUUCAUAUCUGAUGUUUUGAGCUCCUUGCCCAAUUGCACAACUGGACUGGGCUGAAUGGGGAACGGGGUAAAUGCCCAGGGGGUUUUCAAAGACAAAGCAAGAAAUCUAAGCUCCUCUGGACCAGGGACAGUUCUGCCACUGGGGCUGAGUCAGAGGACUUCAGGGCUCUCUGGUGGCUUUGGCAGCUUGUCCAUUUUGCCAAGAGACCCCCUAGGAGCUCCUGAGGAGGAGUUGGCACUGAGUGUGGUGAUGGUGCCCAGAACCCAUGGAGCAAGGAAGUAGGAAUGAAGACUGUGGCUUGUUGGCCAGGUUAUGUGGCUCUGUUGGCUGUGACAUCACAGAGGACGGGUCACAAUGGGAGCCAUCUCUAAGGACAACACUGGGCAUUGCCACUGCAGUUGGACUUGGGCGAUUGGUGAGUGUGCAUGCAGGGGAAAGUCUGGAAAGGAUGGGAGAUGGGACAGAUUCCCAGGGGGCUUUCCAAUCCUGAGCUAGAGCCAAACCCCUCAGAGCAGGGCAAGGUUCUGCCAUUGGGGCUGGGGACAGAAAAGCUCGGGGCUCACAGUGGUGGCAGUGCCCAGAGAGGGUUUGGGGAUGUGCCAAGUGCCCCUGACUCCAUCGGAUGCUGCAGCUUGGCAGGGAUGGGGCCUCUGGAGACUCUAUUCAGGUGUCUCUAACCUUUUCAGAGGACACAGCCCAGCCAGGGAUGACACUGUCAGGGUUCCUUUGGCUGCCCAUUUUGUCAGAAGAGCCCUGGGGAGCUUCAGCCUGGUGACUUUGUCCUUGGGAUGAUGAUACCAAGAAACAGCUGAGCCUGGGGGUUGGGGAUGAAGGCUGGGGACUUGCUGGCCGAGUGAUGCAGCUCUGGUGGCUGUGACAUCAUAGAGGACAGGUCACAAUGGGAACUGUCCCAAAGGACACCACCAGGCAGCUCCUGCCCCCCUCCCCCAGUCUCUUGCUCCUUCUCACCCAGACCUGCUGAGUAAACUUUUCUCCCACCUCUCACAGGCCAUGGAUUCAGCAAUUGUCCUCUUCCUGACUGUGCUGGCCCUUCUCCCUGAGCAGACACAUGAUCACCAGAUCGACGUGGUCACAGCCCAGCGGAUGAAGGAGCAUGAAGAAUUUCUGCAUCAUGAGAUGAUGCGGCUGUGGCAGGAUGUUGAGCAGAUCAGGACCCUGGAAAAAGCCCUGCUCCUUUUCCUAUUGCAGCACUGGCUCUUUUGGGCUGUUGCAGUAGCUGAGCUCACUGUGCUCUGCUGGCUGGCCUGGCAAAGGAAGGUUGCCUCUCACAGCUGCUGUGAGCGAGACAGCUCCAGCAGUGAGGAGCGGGAGGAAGACAAGGUUGAGGAGGAAGAAAACAUCAAUGAAGCACACAGAUUUUUGCUCAGGCCCACCCUAUCACCAAUGCUGGAAGUGCCUGACAUGUGCAGGAACCUGAAGCGUCUUGUCCAUGAUCUCCUGUUUAUCAGCCGAGAGUUUUCCCAGAGAAUUUCUAUGCCAGAGAUUUACCCAGCCACUGGGAUGGACAGCUCUUUUGAAUCCUGGAGUAUCAGCCUCCAGAAUCAAAUCUUCUACCAGCUGCUUGUGGUCCUGCGGCCACCCUGUGGGCACUCUUUCAUCGUGGAGCAGGUAACCAUGGGGCAGCAGCCAGACAGGUGCUCUGAUAUCCAUGUGGAGCUGGAGUGCAUGUGCUCAAGUGAGCAUGGGAUGGAAUAUAACUUGUGUUUUCUCCAUCCCACUGACAAACGGCUACCACAGGAUCAAAGGUCACCUCUGCUACACACUCUCUGCACAGAGUCCUACUUAAAUGUGGAGAAAACAGCCCACUGGGCACAGAAUUUGCUGGAAGCAGCUUGGUGGCGUUUGCCUCAGUGGCCCCGCAGGCAUCUAUGGGUGCUGCACUCCUCCAGGACCUGCAGGUUCCUCGUGAUCAGCCCCUCUGAGAGGCAAACCUACACUGAGAUGUAUUUUGUAGUGCAGCAGGGCAGCCCAGGCAAUUACCUGGUCCUGGAGUAGGCAGUGGCCAGCUUUCCCACUGUGUUGUUUUCAGCUACUCUGUAUAGUCGGUUUGGGGGUGCAUCUACUGCAUAUACUCACCAUACAGCCACUUGCUCAACCCCCUUCCCUUACCUGUCACCCUGGUGGAAUGGGGAUGAGACUCCGAAGUAAAACUUUAGAUAGGUUUAAUAGUAAUAAGUUUAGUAUUAAGUUUCAUAAUAUUAGGAAUAAGUAGAAUGUUCUUACAAAGUGUGUAAUAGUCACAGUUAGCUUAGUUAGUAGGGAAUAGAAGAGUUAUUAGUUGUGCAGUUACCCAGUAUAAGAUAGGCAGCAAAGGAUAAAUAUGCAGUAACCUCCAUUUUGAAAAUGUUGGGGACUCUCAAAGCCCCUAAUGAGCAGGUAAUGGGGCACAUGCAGUCAGGAAGUCUGUAACCCCAGAGUAUCUCAGCCUUUGGAGAAACAGGGAGGGACCUGCAUUUCAGACAAAGGGGAUAAAGGAGGCUGUGACUUCCAUCAAGGUGAGAAACCUCAUUGGGGAUUGUCCAAAGAAGUCUCCCUUUUAUUCGAAUAAAAGUUUGACUUUAGCUCCUUUGUCUCUUGACUAUCUUUGAGGCUCUUAAUAACUGCAUUAUUUUUUGGAAUAAAACCAAAGUAAAAUACAACAAUAGUGGUAAU